AUGGGCCUGAAGAACCAUCUGGACGAUGGGACAGGCUGCACGCUCUCCCUGGGGCUGGAUUUGGACUACCUCCAUGUGGAGAGCACCGAGCGCCUGGCUAGCCUGAGCACCGGAGCAGGCUCCGGGCAGCACGAGGUCUCGCAGGCUGGGGAGGAGGCUGUGAAUAGUACUGCCAGCAGUACUAGUUUAAUCAGUGACGGCAGCAGUAGUAACUGUAGUAACUGGUCUGAGGAGAGCGCUGUCUCAGACAGUGAGGAUGAGCAGGCCCCCAAUGGGCCUGGUCCCGAAUUCCCCCAGCUUCCGAACCCUGACCCGGACCCCGGACCUUGCACAGCCAAGAGCCCGCCAACUGAGAUCCCUCCCCCUGCAGACCCAGGCCUGGCCCAGCGCUCCAAGGUGGACUUUGCUCUGAAGCUGGGCUACUCUGAGGACCUGGUCCUGCAGGUGCUCGGGAAACUUGGUCCCCAGGCACUCAUCAACGAUAUCCUAGGAGAGCUGGUCAAACUUGGGCCCCAGAUCGACAUGGAGCCUGCAUCGGCUGCAGGCUCCUCAGGUUCCCUGUUCUCCUCGCCCUCGCCCUUCUCCUCUACCUCCUCCCUGGACUCCUUCAGGACCUCCUGCUCCUUCCAGCAGCCGGACGACAAGGAGAACCUCCGCCCUGUGGUCUUGGAUGGGAGUAACGUAGCCAUGAGUCAUGGAAACAAGGAGGUGUUCUCCUGCCAGGGUAUCCAGCUAGCUGUUGAUUGGUUCCUGGAACGAGGUCAUCGUGACAUCACAGUAUUUGUACCGGCCUGGCGCAAGGAGCAGUCACGGCCCGACGCCCCGAUCACAGACCAGGAGAUCCUGCGUCGCCUGGAGAAGGAGAAGAUAUUGGUCUUCACGCCUUCUCGUCGUGUGCAGGGCCGGCGAGUGGUCUGCUACGAUGACCGCUUCAUCGUCAAGCUGGCUUACGAGUCAGAGGGCAUUAUCGUCUCCAACGACAACUACCGCGACCUGGCCAACGAGAAACCGGAGUGGAAGAGGUUUAUCGACGAGCGGCUGUUGAUGUACUCCUUCGUCAACGACAAAUUCAUGCCUCCCGAUGACCCGCUGGGACGCCAUGGGCCCAGUCUGGACAACUUCCUGCGAAAGAGGCCCGUCCUCCCCGACCACAGGCAACAGCCAUGUCCCUAUGGAAAAAAAUGUACUUACGGCCAUAAGUGUAAGUUCUACCACCCGGAACGGGGCAGCCUGCCUCAGAGAGCGGUGGCCGACGAGCUACGUGCCAGCGCGAAGAGUUCCUCCUCAGCCUCCAAGAACACCACGGGCACACCUCCAAGCCUCCCCAGCAGCCAAAGAGAAGCCGUCUCGGACGCGGUGCCUUCCAGAGAACCUCCAAAGAAACCGUCAGAUCCCAGAAGCUUCUCCCUGAGCGACCUCUUGGACGAGCAGCUUGGCGUGCGGACCAAGGUGGACAGCCGGCGGGGCAGCAGCAGCAGCAGCACCUGCAGCGGAAGUAGCCUCCUGGGGCUUCCUGCUCCGGGGGGCCCUCCUUCGUAUGUUAGCCAGGACAGGUGGGACCACCCCGGGAGAGGAGGUGGUGGAAGCUCCAGAGCUGUGGGAGCCUCGGGUCCGAGCCACUUCAGAACGUAUCCCAGGGGCGAGUCCCCAGAGCCGGCCUACAGCUCCCUGGGGAGGGCCUACUCCAGCCUGAGUGUGGCGGUACCAAAGACCCCCGAGCGGUUCUCCCCGGCCGACCUGCGCGCUGGCUCGCUGCAGUCGGAAUGCGGCAGCGAUGGCAAUGUCAGCUCCGACUCUUUCUCGCCGGACCCGGUUCUGGAGGACUGCCUGAAGUGCUCCCAACACCACCACCCCCCCCACCACUACUCGCACCACCACUGCCCCAGGAGGUACGCUCACUUUAGCGGCCGACCGUCCCCAGAGAAGAACCCGACCAUGGCCUACUCCCUGCCUCAGCCGCUGCGUAGACCGGCCGCUCCUUAUGCCCUGGACGACUCCAACUCGGCUCACCCCUCUUGCUCCCAGCUGCUCUUCAGUCCUCCGUUACCCUAUCGGCCCCCACUCCAGCACCGGGCACUGGGCAGUCAUCUGGGGGGGUUCCCUGGAGAGUACACCCUACCUCCUCCCACGCCACGCCAGACCUCCUCCGUUCACGGCACUCCAAGUCGGGAUGUCCUGCGUUGUCCGUGGCAGGAUAGUCGGCUCCCAGACCACAGCUUGUACGAGGGCCCUCCCACUCUCUCACGAGCAGGGUACCCUGGGAUAAACCGGCUGCCUCCACACCCCCAACACCACCAGCAGCAGGAGCAUCUGGCGAGCUGGAGCCCCCACUACCAGCAGCAGCCCCCCCACCCUCGCUACGAGCAGACUCCCUUCCAUAGUUUCCCGGAGGCCCGAGAGGACGCUUGGGCCUCGCAGUGGGGGAGGUGCACCCACCCGUCUCCUCGCCGUCUCCCACCAGCCCAGCAGAGCCAGACCCUGUCCCCCGCCGUCUCCCUUCACUACGGCCACCAGAGCCCGGCUACGCCCCGCCAGGAGCCCCCCGGUUUGGGGGUCCAGUACCAGGACCUGAGGGAGAAGGUGUUUACCAACCUGUGUAACAUCUUCCCCCAGGAGGCGGUGAGGGCGGUGAUGGGGAGGAACCCCCACGUGACCGAUGCUCAGCAGCUAGCCGCGGUUUUACUGAUGGAGAAGACGCAGCAAGGUUACUGA